AUGACUGAUCAGAUUUGCUCUCAGGACUUGAACUAUGUCCGUAUUAUUUGCAAACACAAGUACCUACCGGACUAUCCGAGUCCUGUCAAGAAAUUGAUGAUGUGUCUUAGUAGUGUCCUCAGUGUCGCACUCACCAAUUACGGGCGUAAUCUUUCCACGGAAAUCCAGAAGACGCAACACGCCGAACAAUGGUUCCACGCUCCUGGUCUAACGGUAAGAUCUACGUUCUUCUCGAUGGUAGUCCUUUCUCGAACGUUGAUCACUCCCCCAGCACUUAGACCGCUAUCUCUAAUCUUCCUUCUCGUGGUGAUCUGGGCGCGCCUAGCUACUGCAGCUCUCAUAUCGGACGCCUUGUUAUCUUGUUUGCAAUCUUCAGGAAUCUCCACAGUAACCUCCAACUCUUCAACUUUUGCCCAGGACUCGCUCGCUUUCAACCGGCGCUUCGAGUACACUCCUGCCGCCAUCGUAUUCCCGCGUUCUACUCAAGACGUAGCGAUUGCAGUCAAAUGCGCCUCAUCAGUAAACGGUACUAUCCCUGUCUCUGCUCGAUCGGGCGGACAUAGCUACGGCGCAUUUAGCCUGGGUGGACAAGACGGAACCCUGGUCAUCGAUCUCUCCAAUCUCAAGAAUAUCACCGUGAACCAAGACUAUACGGCGAACAUUCAGACGGGCAACAGACUUGGCGACGUCGCUUUAGCAUUGUUUGCAAAUGGGGAACGUGCAUUGGCCCAUGGUACUUGUCCGUAUGUGGGUAUCGGAGGCCAUGCGGGGUGUGGUGGCUUUGGUUUGGCGUCUAGGGCAUGGGGUCUUGUCCUCGACCAAAUCGAAUCUGCAGAAGUGGUCAUCGCGAACGGCACUGUCCUGCGAGCAUCUGAGUCCAUAAACUCUGAUUUAUUCUGGGCUCUUCGCGGCGCAUCCCCUUCCUUCGGCAUAGUCACGGAGUACAAAGUUAGAACCCAAUCAGCACCUCCUUCGAACAUUGUAUUCAGCUACGCUUACUCCGUCGACCCAUCUGUUGCCUCUGAAAUAUUGGCCUCCUUCCAAUUCUUCUCCCAAUACUCUGCGCCCCCCGAACUGGGACUGCAACUCUCUGUAAUUCCCUCUCGCCAGCCCGGUAUAAUAACCCUAUCCCUCAUCGGAAUCUACAUGGGAUCUCUCACCACAUUCAACACAAUCAUUGCUCCCCUCAUUUCUUCCGUUCCUGUAUCGCCGCGAACAACGAAUGUAACGCAAUUUGAAUGGAUUCCCUCUCUUGUGAGAAAAGGCGGAAUCGGCACGCUGGACACGUCUCUUCGCUUGGACGCAAGCGAUACAUUCUUUGCGAAGAGUUUGAUGGUGCCUCAUGAUGCUGUUCUAACGCCAUCAGCCAUCCGUGCCCUAUUUGACUAUCUUGCGGCUGAAGGUGUAUCAACUGACACCAAAUGGUUUGUACUAGCCGAUCUCUUCGGCGGCGAAGGUAGCAUAAUCAGCGACAUACCUCACAACUCCACCGCAUACGCACACCGUAAGGGCCUCUAUAACUUCCAGAUGUAUGCCUCAUCGCUGGAUUUACAACCCCCAUUCCCCAUUGACGGGAUAGAUUUCCUGAACAACUUGUAUAAUUCCAUAACGUCAAACAUGCCGUCAAACUGGUCUUUUGGUGCUUAUCCCUGCUACGCCGAUCCAACACUCUCUGACAUACAAUGGCAAACUCAAUACUACGGGGACCACUACCCCAUCCUUCAGUCCAUCCACUCGAAAUACAAUCCUUCGAGUCUAUUCCGGUACCCUCAGGCUGUUGCUGCUUGA